UUUUUGGAAUUGAGCGGUUGUGUCGCGCGUCGAUCGCGGAUUCAAAAUAAUUUCGGUUUGCUAGAACAGCUCCUUUUCGGUUCGAAUCGAGAAUACGGUUAACGCGAAUUCAAAUAAGAAGCAUUUUUGCUAAUAUAUUUAUUUUGCAUAUAUUUAUGCUCUUAAAGUGUGCAAACGAAAUACCUUCGAAAAGUGCCUUUUUACCAAGAGUCUUGGUAACACAAAUACCAACGCAAGAGACUGAGGCUUAAGAUAGUAGUGUGCGUGUAACCACUUUUUUACCUGGUAUUACCUGUUUGCGACGCGAGCGAGAGAGAGAGAGACGGCAAACGAAAGAAGGAGAGUGCCAAAGCAGACGAGUGAAAGAUAAAAGUAAACGAAAACGAAGUAGCGGGGCGGCGGCAGCAGCUGCAGCCAAAUCGGAAGUACCGUCGCUACAGUCAGGGCGCGCACUGUACGCACUGCAGCAUUAUUUGUGUUAUAUUUAGGGGUUUGAUUGCUCCGCACAUCGAUUUGUUAUUGAUAAUUCCGCGUUGCCAUGAGAAUGCAGUGCAAACAAGCGGCGCGUUAGUCCCACACACACACACACACACUCAGCGGUGGAGUCACAAAGUGGAAGAGGAGGCACAGCACACGGUGUUAAAGCUAAAGGUGUGUGGAGAGCGGUGAUCGCGACAGUGCGAGUUAGAGUGCUAGUGCAUUAGUGUGAGUGAGCGGAUAAUACUGGGUGAUUCACAAAGAAGUGCUCAAAAGUGCUCCAAAGUGCUCCGGCAGAGAGAUGGCGCUUUGUCGCUAGUCGCUAGUUUCCACAAAAGUCCAGCGAUCGCCCGGAAGCGACUGCAGCAGCAACAUGUCGGCGAAUCCGGCUCCAACUUCACAUCGUAAUCCCGCCCAGCAACAGACGCACCAGCAGCACAAGCGAAAAUGCCGACAGCCCCACGUUCCCGCGAGACUGCUCCUGGCCAGUAUUGUGGUGCUCGGCUUCUUGUCUCCCGCCCUCGCACUGCAAUCCGCGCCGGACAGGUCGUACUCCACCGAUAAUCGAAAGCCCGCCUUUAAGAACUGUGCUGGCUACGCGCCGAAGGUGAAGGAGGAGCAGCCGGAGAACACAUACGUCUUCCGUGUUGAGGCAGUGGACCCCGAUCCCGACCAGGUCAUCCGCUACAGUAUCGUGCAGUCGCCGUUCGAGCGACCCAAGUUCUUCAUAAAUCCCAGUUCCGGCACGAUUACCACCACGCACACCUUCGACCGGGACGAGCCCAUCCACGAGAAGUUUGUCUUCGUCACCGUCCAGGCCACGGAUAACGGCCUGCCGCCGCUCGACGACGUCUGCACGUUCAACGUCACCAUAGAGGAUAUCAACGACAAUGCACCGGCCUUCAAUAAGGCUCGCUACGAUGAGUCAAUGUCGGAAAAUGCCCAGCCCGAUUCGGUGGUGAUGUCCAUCAGCGCCAGCGACUUCGACGAUGGAAACAACAGUAUCGUAGAGUAUGAGAUCUUGCGGGAGCGCGACUUUCAAUAUUUCAAAAUAGACAAAGAGUCGGGAAUCAUCUAUCUGAAGCGGCCAAUUGACAAGCGUCCCGGCCAGUCGUAUGCUAUAAUCGUGCGAGCCUACAACAUUGUGCCCGAUCCGCCGCAGGAUGCACAGAUCGAAGUACGAAUCCGAGUUGUGGAGUCCUCGAUCAAGCCGCCGUCCUUCGUGGAUCCCAUCGAUACGCCCAUUUACCUAAAGGAGAACCUGAUAAACUUCUCACAGCCGAUAGCCACAUUGCGGGCAGUUUCCAACAUGCCGGACAAGCCGGAGGUUAUCUUUGAGCUGAACACCGGCCGGACGGAGCAAACGAACAGCAAGAACACAUUCGUGUUUAACCAGAUCGGAAACGAGGUAACCAUUAGCCUGGGCAAGCAACUGGACUACGAGUCCAUCACAGACUACACGCUGACUAUGAUAGCGCGCAACACACACGAGCUGGGGACGGAGCAUCAGAUCAAGAUCCGUGUGGAGGACGUCAACGAUAAUAUUCCUUACUUCACGGAGGUAAAAUCCGGCACGAUUCUGGAGAACGAACCGUCGGGCACACCCGUCAUGCAAGUGCGUGCUUUUGACAUGGACGGUACGGCGGCCAAUAACAUUGUGUCCUUCGAGCUGGCGGACAACCGAGAGUACUUCACCAUCGAUCCCAACACGGGCAACAUCACUGCGCUCACCACUUUCGAUCGCGAGGAGCGUGACUUCUACAACGUUAAAGUUAUUGCCAGCGACAACUCGCCCUCGAGCCUGUUCACUAAUGGCGAACCGAAUCGUGGCCACCAGGUGUUCCGCAUCGCCAUCGGCGACAAGAACGACCACAAGCCGCAUUUCCAGAAGGAUAAAUAUCUGGCGGACAGGCUGCUGGAGGACGCUAAUACCAAUACCGAAGUGAUCGAGGUUAAGGCCGAGGACGAAGACAACGCUUCGCAGAUCCUGUACAGCAUCGAGAGCGGCAAUGUUGGCGAUGCCUUUAAGAUUGGUCUUAAGACCGGUAAGAUUACUGUUAAUCAGAAACUGGACUACGAAACGAUCACGGAAUACGAGUUGAAGGUGCGAGCAUUUGAUGGCAUCUACGAUGAUUACGCUACGGUUGUGAUUAAGAUCGAGGAUGUGAACGAUAAUCCGCCAGUUUUCAAGCAAAACUACAGUAUAACAAUACAGGAAGAGACCAUAUAUGAAAAUUGCAUCCUAACAGUAGAAGCCUACGAUCCAGACAUUAAGGACCGCACCGCAGAUCAGCAUAUUGUCUAUUCGAUCCAUCAGAACGAAGCUAACCGCUGGACCAUUGACAACAGCGGCUGUCUGCGAUUGGUCAAGACGCUGGAUCGGGACCCGCCUCAUGGCCAAAAGUACUGGCAGGUGCUGAUCAAAGCCAAUGAUGAGGACGGAGUGGGAAGCACGGUCAGCACGGUGAAGGCGGUCACGAUCACACUGAAAGACAUCAACGACAAUGCGCCGUUCCUGAUCAAUGAAAUGCCUGUGGUAUGGCAGGAGAACCGAAAUCCCGGCAACAUUGUCAAGCUGGAGGCCAAUGACUAUGACGAUACCCCGGGUGCAAGUGACUUCACAUUCGGCAUCGACAGCGAGGCCUCACCGGAUGUCAAGACGAAGUUUAGCAUUGACGGAGAGUACUUGCACGCCAACGUGCAGUUCGAUCGAGAGCAGCAAAAGGAGUACUACAUUCCCAUUCGAAUCAGUGACUCUGGUGUUCCACGGCAGAGUGCAGUGAGCAUCCUGCAUCUGGUGAUUGGCGAUGUCAACGAUAAUGCCAUGUCUGAGGGCUCUUCGCGCAUCUUCGUCUACAAUUAUCGGGGAGAAGCGCCUGACACGGACAUUGGUCGCGUGUUUGUUGACGAUCUGGAUGACUGGGAUCUGCCGGAUAAGAACUUUGAGUGGAAGGACAGCCAGACGCACGAGCAGUUCCGACUGAAUCCCAGUACCGGAAUGAUCACUAUGCUGCAGCAUACCGGCGAGGGAGAAUACUAUCUUCAGUUCACCGUCACCGAGGAUUCACCGAAUUUCAUGAGAAAUAUCGUGGAUGCAGAUGUCACGGUGGUGGUUAGGGAAUUACCAGAGGAGGCGGUGGACAAGAGCGGCAGCAUUCGGUUUAUCAACGUGACCAAGGAGGAAUUUAUUGGCGUCCCUCGUGACCCUGUGCCAGAUUCUCUUUCCAUUAAGGAUCGCCUGCAGCUCUCGCUGGCCAAGCUUUUCAACACCUCGGUGUCCAAUGUGGACGUCUUCACGGUCCUUCAAAAUGAGAACAACACUCUGGACGUGCGUUUCUCCGCUCACGGCUCACCCUAUUACGCACCCGAGAAGCUCAACGGAAUCGUGGCCCAGAACCAGCAGCAUUUGGAGAACGAACUGGAUCUGCAGAUGCUGAUGGUGAACAUCGACGAGUGCCUAAUCGAGCGUUUCAAGUGUGAGGCCUCCUGCACCAAUGAACUCCACAAGAGCUCUGUACCCUACAUGAUAUAUUCCAACAUAACAUCGUUUGUGGGUGUAAAUGCCUUUGUUCAGGCGGAGUGCACAUGCGAGGCUCCUUUAAUCAGUCACUGCUUAAACGGCGGCACAGCGCGGUUUGGAGAGAACGAUGUCUGCGACUGCGUUGACGGAUUCACCGGGCCGCACUGCGAACUCGUCUCCGUGGCCUUCUACGGCUCUGGAUAUGCCUUCUAUGAGCCCAUUUCCGCCUGCGACAACACAAAGAUCAGCUUAGAGAUCGCGCCUCAGAUCGACCAAGGUCUCAUCAUGUACCUGGGGCCGCUGAACUACAAUCCACUGCUGCCACUCACGGACUUCCUGGCUCUGGAGCUGGACGAUGGCUAUCCGGUGUUGACUGUGGACUAUGGCUCUGGUGGAAUGCGCAUCCGGCAUCACCACAUCAAGAUGCUGGCUGAUCACACUUACCACCUUGAGAUUAUCCUGCAGCGCACCAAUAUCGAGAUGACUGUGAACAACUGCCGGCUGUCCACCUGCCAGACUCUGGGCGCACCGGUGGGACCCAAUGAGUUCCUGAACGUGAACGCCCCCCUGCAACUGGGCGGCACUCCGGUGGACCUGAACCAACUGGGACGACAGCUUAACUGGACGCAUGUGCCCAGUCAGAAGGGCUUCUUUGGGUGCAUCCGCAACCUGACGAUCAACGAGAAAACCUACAACCUGGGUAUGCCCUCCGUCUUCCGCAACAUCGACAGUGGGUGCCAGCAGUCCGUUGCAGUUGCGUUCAGCUUUGGCAUCGAUCGCAACUUCAUUAUUGCGAUUAUUGUCUGCCUGGCGCUGCUGCUGAUCAUCCUGCUUGCCGUGGUGGUCCAGAAGAAGCAAAAGAAUGGAUGGCAUGAGAAGGAUAUUGACGACAUCCGCGAGACUAUCAUCAACUACGAAGACGAGGGCGGCGGCGAGCGGGACACGGACUACGAUCUGAACGUAUUGCGCACACAGCCGUUCUACGAGGAGAAGCUCUACAAGGAUCCGCAUGCGUUACAAUCCAGCAUGCGUGAUCCCAACGAUAUACCCGACAUAGCCGACUUCCUGGGCGACAAGAAGGAGAACUGCGACCGGGAUGUCGGCGCCUUCACAGUGGACGAUGUGCGCCACUAUGCUUACGAGGGCGACGGUAAUUCGGAUGGCAGCCUGUCCAGCCUGGCGUCCUGCACCGACGAUGGCGAUCUCAACUUCGACUACCUGUCCAACUUUGGACCGCGCUUCCGCAAACUGGCCGACAUGUACGGCGAGGAGCCCUCGGACACAGACUCCAAUGUGGACGACGAUCAGGGCUGGCGCAUCUAGGACACUGUUCCAGCUGUGGGAAGCCAGACGAUGACGUAGAAAUUGAAAAGACUUUUUAUAUGCUAAGAGUUGUACGGAUGUUGAAUGUGCCGGACAAGGCGACGGCCUAGCCGGACCCAAAGUCGCUUCAAGAGAUAUAUAUAUAGGUAAACUAUAUAUUAUAUAUAUAUAUAUAAAUAUAUUUUUGUCGAGGAGUAUUGCAAGGGCUUAGGGGACACGUCUCUGUUUUUGUUUUGUAAAUGCAAAAAGUGAUCUUGAUCUUACGUAAACGAACUAUAUAAUUUAUACCUAAAACUAGUGUAGCUAAGCAAUGGCGAACAAAUCACAAAAGGCAGCAGAAUUGUUAUUGCUUCGACAUAUACACAAAUAAUCAAUUACGACCGAUAUCGAAAACCGAAUGUCCGCAAACGAAAUAUUCCUAGGAAAAAUAAUUCAAAGGCAGAAUGCAUUUUUUAAUGCAUAGCGAUGCAUAUUCCCAACACUAGUUAGUAACUUACUUUACGAUUUAUGUUUAACUAAUGGGCAUUACACAGUAUAAUACGAAGAAUUAUAUCGCGCUAGGGCCUAGACACGACAGAACUUCAUUCGAAACUACAAGAAAUUAACAAAUCAAAUCAAAUCAAAUCAAAGGAGAACUCAAAUCGAUAAGACAAGUCGGUAAAUAUAAGCUAAGUUUAAUCGUCAUCUAUGUAGACAUGUAAUCAAUCAAUCAGCGUACCAUAAGUUCUUAGGGUUGUCUUUUAGUUCAUGUAUAAACAGCAUAACCUUAUUUAAACUAAAUCGAAUCCCGGGAGAUAUCAGCUCUUCCUGUAACUAGAGAGUAACACGUGUGCAGCUGUAUUCAUAAUAGAUAUAUAAAUAAAUAUAUUGAGACAUAUCGAUGUAAGAGAAUAAUGUUCAAUAAAUCAAUGCGAUAUCUAUUUUUGU